AUGCCGUCCAAUCUACCUUCAAGCUUUGCCUCAGCUGCUGCAGGCCAGAACGCGACUCGAGGUGGUCGAGGGGUAGGCAGUGACUGUACUGAGAUCUCGGCUGCCGCCGCGCAGCCCGUAUACGAAGUGAGUCCCGCGAGAUACAAGAAGGACGACCUCCUCGCCAUGGCACAAGGAUCCCGGUCGCCGCGCGACGUGUCUAGCUUGCUGCACGCGGAAUGGAACGCCGGCCACGCGAACGGGGGCGCCAACCCGCGAGCCUGGGGGAAAAGCAACGAGAACCACAUACCACAAGAACCAGGCGCAUGCUGGGACGACGAGGGCGGCAGCACCGCGCUGGGGCUGCAGAAUUUGACGGCGGAUGAACAGGAAGCCUUUAUGGGAGACGUCAACUCCACCGUGAAACCCCCCACAUUAAACAAAGACGGCACCAAUUCAGCCGGUGUCAACGGCCGCAAGGCCUCCUUGUCGCAGGGCGCUGGGAACAACUUUGGACUCGGCUCCCCUUCCUCGGCAACUCGACCUGGCACGAGAAGGAGGGAGACCUCUGACGCCAACCAGUUCGGGCUGAGCUCACCCACGGCCGGUGCUGGGCGUGGCGGGCGUGAUGAUCCUCCCUGGUUUUCGCGUCGGAACACGACCGACGUCAAGGAAUCGACGUCGGAGGAUGCGGAGGCUGAGUCGCAGGGAGGUCGACAGUUGCCCAACCCCAUAGGCAGCUUAAUGCGUACCAAUACCUCUGGUAGCGCGGGCAUUGGAGGGAUAUGGAACUCUUCGCAACCCAGCACGCCCAGCGCCACAGGCGGUUUCGGAAACUUUGCCCUUGGGGGCGCGGUGGGCGAGAAGCGCGCAGCUGCCCUCAGCGGCGGAGGCAGUCGCCUUGCCCAUCUGAUGCCCAAGGACGCUGAGAAUACGCCCGGUCGGCACGCUGACAGCCAAGGUCAAGGCCAGGAUCAGUCGGCUCUCAACCAGUCAUCCUGGCGCUCUCGCCAGCGUACCGACACGGAUCCCUUUGGCGAGGACCUGCCGACAGGCAGUGCCGCCUUGGGUGGUGCUCAGGAUACUGGCCCGCAGGCUAGUCGUGCUGGAACCCUCGGUACACCUGUGAAAGGAUCCGCGGGCGACUUUGGAAUGUCUGGUCUAAACCUUGGUGGCCAUCAAGAGAACGGCCCCGCCAGUCCCUCCGAGACGAAUCCCUUCCGCAGCCCGCCCACAGAUCGCCAGGAGCGUGACGACGAUGACGGCGCGGGCGGAGUCAACAAGCCAUACCAAGGUUUCGGGCAGGAUGUUCCUGGCUACAACCCACUACAGCGCGCUUUUGGCGGGAAUCUGGAAGGUCACGACAGAAGUCAGACGUCCAGUGCAACUGGCCGAGGCUUUCCCCUUGGACAUGUCUCGGCUUGGGGUGCCCCUGGUACAGCCACCCCGGACCGUGAGCGCGCUGGCUUUGGCGGUGCGCCUUUCUCGCCGGCCGCUUUCAACAACCCCGACAAUGCGCCAUCACCUGGGCUGGGCAACAUGAGCAGCUUCUUUGGCAGCGGUCCUAGCGCUGGACCAGGUGCUAUUGGAACCAACAGCAUCGGCCGUGGCAGCAAGAUGGGCUCCCUCUUCCCAGCUGCCAUGCAGGCGCAAAUGCAGCAGGCGCACGAGCAACAUGAAUCGAUGGGAGAAGCGGGUGCGGAUCCUCGCCUAGCCGCUCAACUGGGAGCCAUUGGACGCAACAACUUCCCUGCGCCAGGGCGCGACUCGGAGAGUCCUAUGCGCUCCGGACGCGGAGGAUUUGAGAAUCUGUUCCCCUCUAUGGAUCCCAAUCGCGCCCAGCACGGCCAGCUCUCACUACAAAAUAUGUUCGAUGCGUCCGAUCUGGGCGGCAUGGGACCAGUGCCUCAGUCUUUCACUCCUGUCAGCGGCAGCAUGCCCUUUGGAGGUGGGAGCCAGCCCGGUAUGGAACAGCAGCAGCAAUCGGCCAGAACCAUGGUCAUGCCCGACCGUAUGCGCUGGGUGUAUCUCGAUCCCAAGGGCGUCGUUCAAGGCGCCUUUACUGGCCUUGAGAUGAAUGAUUGGUACAAGGCCAAUUUCUUCAGCCCCGAUUUGCGCGUCAAGAAGGUGGAGGACGUCGACUUUGAACCUCUGGGACAGCUCAUCCGACGUAUAGGAAAUUCGAGAGAGCCGUUCCUAGUGCCCCAGGUGGGCGUCGCCCACGGCGAUCCAUCGCCUGCCGCUGCCUUCCCUCCCAGCAACACCGGUGGUGUCGUGCCACCACUCCACAACCUAUUCCCCAGCUUCGGCCGAACCUUGACUGCCGAGGAACAGAAUAACCUCGAGCGACGUAAGCAAGAGGAGCAGAUUGUGCUCGCGCAACAGAGGGACUUUGCCAUGCGCCAGCAGGCCAUGGCCAGGUUCCCCGGACAGCCAGGGCUUCAGCAUCACUCGAGCGCGCAAAGCCUCCAGAGUCAACCGAGCUUCGGCAACAUGGCCCAGGGACAAAUGGGUCAGCAGCCCGGCGGCAUGCAGAAUGCUUUUUUUGAUCAAGCUGGCGAGGGACACGGCGCCCAGGGGCUCUCUAGUCGUGAGUUCCCUUCUGGUGCCGAGGAUCUGACCAACAUGUCUCAGCAUGACCGUCAGAUCUUGGCCGACCUCGCCAGCGAUGAAUCCUCCACACAGGCCAUUGCUGCAGCUGUCGCGGAAUCCAGCCUCCAUGGCGUCUACCAAGAUCUUGACGAUCUGGCUAACGACCCGGAGGGAUUCAAGCAACGACUCAACGAAUUCCACCAGCUGCGUGCGGAGCGGGAGACUCAAGACCCUGCCCACCAGGCUGACCCCGCCCGCGCUGCUGCCGAGGCUGCCCAAGCGGCCGACGCCGCAGCCUCUGCCCAACAAGCCCCCCAGGAAGUGCCAGAGGGCGAAGAGGAGCUCGCGCCCAAGGCGUCCAAAGCGCCUCGACCCAAGGGCAAGGGCAAGCCAAAGUAUGUGCAGGACCCGAACCUGUCCUUGACGCAACAGGUGCAGCAGACACAAGCCGCUGCUGCUGCUGCCAUCGAGGACAUUGAACCCGGCAUGCCAAGGCCCUUUCCUCCGCCAUCUUCCACAACGCCGCUUCCUGCGCCCACGGCCCAGCGCGUCCGCUCCAACCUCCCAGACCAGUACAACCGCUCUCGCUCGACCAGCCCCGCUGAGACACAGCCCCCACCAACCGCUCCCUGGGCCAAGGACUCUGGUAACAGUGAGGGAUCCAAGGGGCCUUCCUUGAAGGAGAUCCAGGAGGCUGAGGCUCGCAAGGCGGCCAAGGCUGAGCAGGCUGCAUCCGCCAUCCGCAAGGCCGCCCUGGAACAAGAGGCUGCUGUCCUCCGAGAGAAGGAGAAGAACGCAGCCGCCGUUGCCGCCGGUCUGCCUGCCUCGAGCACCUGGGGCCAUGCGUCACCUGUCGACCCUGGCAGCCCUUGGACGAAACCUGGAGCGAGCAAGCCCACUGCUGGCGUGUCCGUCACACCUGUGAGUGCAAGCAAGAAGACACUCGCUGAAAUCCAGGCCGAGGAAGAGCGCCGGAAGCAAAAGGCCAAGGGAUCGGCCGCCCCGAGCGGAGGUGCGCCGCCGAGCACCUCCAAGAGCUACGCCAACCUUGCCGGCAAGCCAGGUCAGCCUGCCCCCCCUAGCGGUUCUGCCGCGGCGGCUGCCUCUGCUGCUGCACCCCCGCCUGGGGCUGGCUGGGCGACGGUCGGCGCCGGUGGCAAGGUCAAGGCACCCGUCGGGCCAUCUACCGGGUCUCCUGCUCGUGCCGUCAGCGCUACCUUGUCGAAGCCCGCCAACGUGCCCUUGAAGCCCAUGUCGCGGCCAGGUCCCGCAGCCGCCAGCGCCAACAGCAACAACACGAACGCUGCCUUGGACGAGUUUCGCAGGUGGUGCCACCGCGAGCUCAGCCGCGGCAUCAGCGUCAGCGAUGUGUCUGGUUUCGCGUCCAACCUCGAGGCGUUGCCUCUGGAGCCUGACUUGAUCGCCGACGCCAUCUACGCCAACUCUACCAUCAUGGACGGACGUCACUUUGCGACCGAGUUUGUCCGGCGCAAGAAGCUGGCCGACCGAGGCGUCACUGAGAAGGGCCCCGCCACGCUCUCGGAGAACAAGGCGAGCAUCUCAACCGGUGGCUGGAGCGAGGUCGCCAAGAAGACGGGCGGCAAUGUGGCAUCGCCUGCCGAUGAGCCUACACCUGUUGGCUUCAAAGUCGUCGCAAGCAAGAAGAAGGCCAAGAAAUAG